AAAACGAAAGUAAAGAUAAUUCUCCGGAUCGCGUUAGUGUCGAUAUUGAGAUUGAAACGGAGUCGGCGAGAACGGGCGAAGAUGGACUCGGGAGUGGAUCGUAUAGGCGCCAUGAAUAAGUUUUUGGAGGAAUUGAACGAGUUUAAAACAUCACCCACCGGAGAAGAUUAUACACAUUGGAGGAUUGGCUUAAUCGGAAAUUAUUCGUUGAAGCCCGAAGAAAUUCAAGCUGAAACCUUGGACUGGGCGCUUCAAUUUCUAGAGCAAAGAAAAUGUCCUUCCAACUUAGCAUUGGCAAUGGCAAAACAUGUUUCUCAAAAAAUGAAUGAAUUUGCUCAUCAAGAUAAAAUGCAAUGCAAUGGAAUGGCACAAACAGAUGGUGGUACAUUAUCUUUAGAAGCAGUUUAUCUUCAUACUCAGACAAUACAUCAAUUGUAUGAUUUGGCUGAACAGUUACAGAAAAAUCCUGAUCAAAUGCUAACAAUGACUUCAGUUAUUAAAUCACCUCAAUAUGUGACAUCCAUUUGUACUAUUAAGAAUGGAAGAAGAAAAAUGGAAGAUAGGUAUACAAUAAUACAUGAUUUAAAUACUGUUUGUGGAUUACAGAAUACUCCACAGUUCAGUUAUUAUGGUGUUUUUGAUGGUCAUGCUGGCAUUCGAGCUGCUAAUUAUGCUGCUUCUCAUUUACAUGAGAAUAUUGUUAAUCAUCCAGACUUUACAACUGAUAUUACAAAAGCAAUAAAAGAGGGAUUUCAAAUAACAGAUAAUCAAAUUGUAGAAAGAUCAAAAGGAGAGAAUACCAAAAGUGGAUGCACAGUAGUAUGUUCAUUUAUUCAGGAGAAUGCUUUAUAUGUAGCAUGGGUUGGAGAUUCUCAAGCUAUUCUUGUCAGAGAAGGUGACCCAUACAUUAUUACAAAUCCUCAUAAGCCUGAUAGAAAGGAUGAAAGAGAAAGAAUAGAAGAGCUAAAUGGAUGUGUAAUGUACAUAGGAACUUGGAGAGUAAAUGGAACUUUAGCAGUUUCAAGAGCCUUAGGCGAUCCUGAACAUAAACCUUAUGUUAGCGCAGAACCAGAUGUUGUCAAAAUUCCUUUACAAGGUAAUGAAGAUUUCUUUGUAUUGGCUUGUGAUGGGUUAUGGGAUAGGCUGAAUCCAUCAGAUGUUGCAUCAGCCAUAUAUAGUUACAUUGUAGAACAUCCAUUUGAUGAUUAUGAAGAUGUGGCUUCAAGAUUAGUACAACAAGCGAAAGAACAUGGCUCUAGUGAUAACAUAACUGCUAUUGUAAUAUUUUUGAAAGAUCCAAAGGAACUUGCUUCAAAUCCAAAAAAUCCCCCUUCACAUUCAUUUUUAUUAGAUGGUACCAAAGUUGAUAGUUGGUACCAAGGUUCAUGGAAUGGUUCUUCUGAAAAUGACAAUAUUGGAUAUAAUCCAUUUAGUGAAACUGCCAUUAAACCUAACAGUUUAGAAGGUUUGUCUAAAAUCAGCAAGUCACCUGAAACAUCAGAAUUAACAAAUUUUUAUUUCCAUCCACUUGAAAGUGAAGGUGGUGAAGAUUUUGAAACAAAUGGAUUUAAAGAUACAUGUCAGUCAGGUUUAAAAAGUGUGAUGCCUGAAACUACAGCAUUUAGUGAAUUACCUACCCCACCAAUUGAUGAAUUGUUAGCUAGUGAACAAUUUCAAAUGCAAAAUGACAAUUUAGAUUCAGCUAAAAUUUCUUUUACUUCUUAUGAAACUCAUGAAAAUAAAUCUACGGCUUCUGUAACAUUAGCUGAUUCUGGCAUAUUAGAUCAAGAAAAUCCCCAAAGUAAACCAUCUGAUAGUAAUUUUCAAGAUAUUCAAUUAAUUAAUUUUGAUUCAAAGGAAGAUAUGAAAAUUGAAGAAGUUAAUAGUGAUACAGCAAUUGAAAUGGCAUCUGAAAUUGUUAACAAUGCAAUUGAAUUAGCUGUUAAUCAAGUUUUGAUAAGAACAACUUCACAAUCACCCCAACAUCCUGAUGAUUCUGGUUUGGAAGAAGGACCCUUAGAAGAGAGUGAUGUGUCUGUUGAAAGUAAUUCUCCAGAAUUUGAUAUUAAAAAUACAAAAGAAAUAGAAAGUAUGUCUUUUGAUAAUGUUAAUUUAGCUAGUGCUCAGGAUAAUAAAAAUAUAAAUUAUGAGUAUCAAACUUUCAAACAUUUUGAAACACUAUCUGAAAAUCCUGUUUUGGAGAAAACUGAAUUGGCAGUUGGCAAUGCAGAUUCUAAAGAAUCUUGUAAUAUUAAGAACUCAAAUGAUACUGAAGAAAAAUUGAUUGAUUUCACUCAAAGUUUCAAUGAAAAUAAACCAUCAAAUGUAACAGAAACAAAUUUAUUACUCAGUACUAAUAAUGGUGCAUUAUUAGAACCAAUUCAUGUUGAAAAUAUUGCAUUAGGUGCAAAUUCAACUACUAUAAUUUCUGAACCAAAGAAAGAUGAUUUUAUAAAUCAUACUAACAGUUCAAAGGAAAUGAUUUCUGCCAAUAAUUUAGAAAAAUCUGAUUUAUUAACUGAAAAUAUUGAGGGUAAAAAUUCAAAAAAUCCAGCAUUUGAAACAAAACCAAAUGAUCUUGUUUCAAUUGGUGACUGUCUACCUGUGGAAAAUGUGCAAUAUAAUAUUCCUGCACAAUCUAGUCUACCCACUGAAGUAGGUCAGUUACUUGAACAACUUGCAGAUAAAGAAGAAAAAACACUUUCAGAUUCACUUUCAGUAGAUCAGUCUGCAACUACUAUUGAUUUAGUUGUAAUUCCUGAUGGAGUUCCUGAAGCAGAAGGAGUCACUGAAGAUGUAGAUUCUGAUUCUGAAAAAGAUGGAGGUUGGAGCUAUAUACAAGGAGGAAAACCAGAUUUAUCCUCAAAAAAUUCUACACCUCGGGUAGCACAAGGCAAAACUGCGGUGAAAUCUAAAAAGUUACCACUUGUUUCUCCUAUAACUAGACCCUCUAAACUAAUAAAGAAAGAGCCUGCAAAAUCUACAGUUGAUGUAAAACCUACACCGAAAAAUAAUGUUUUAAAGAAGAAAGUUCUUCCAGAGAAAACUGUAAAAGAUAAAUUGGACAAAUCAUCAGUAUCAUCAGUAACUAAAUCUAAUAUACAAAAGGUAUCUACAACACCUAAUAUACAAAAGGUAUCUACAGCACCUAAAACAUCAAAAGUAACACUCGAUCAAAAGAAAUCUGUCCAGUCAAAAGAGCCUGUGCAGUCCAGACCAAAAUCAGCUCCAUUAAUAUCUACUAUCAGAGUUUCUGGUACAAAAACAAAUAUAACAUCAGUUCAAAAAACAAGUGCCACAACCCGAACAAUUUCCAGACCACAAAAAAUUUCAACUACUACAGAAAGUAUUAGCUCAACUACCAAUUCUUCUAACAUUACUACUCAUCCUGUAAAAAAAUUAGAUCAAAAACCAUCUUUAACAGUUUCACAGAGAUCAUCAUUAAAAACUGUUUCUACCACCAGCCAUUCAACUUCAAAUACUCAAUCAAAAUCAUUACCCCAAACUUCAAGAAUAUUGCCAAGUAAAUCAUCAAUAAAGCACUCAGAUGUAAAACAAACUAAAGAUAGUGCAAAUAAAAAUAUUUCAUCCAAACCUUCUGCAGUUGCUCCUAAGGAAUUGGCAACACAGAGAAGACCUGUUCCCAUUAAGAAGUCUAGUUCUAUUCAAAAUUCUUUAUCUCAAACUUCAAGAAAUGUGCAGAGAUCUGUACCUUCCACACAAAAAACAAUGUCUCGUUCUAUGCCUUCUACUCAAAAACCAGUGCCCACUUCAAAAUCUGGUAGCAAAACUGGAUUAACAUCUGAAGUGGGAACUAACUUAAAAUCAAAACAAAUUGGAAACAGAUCAAAAUCUACUGACAAACCCAAAGAAUGUCAUCAGCCAGAUCAAGAAAAAGGCACUUUAGAACAGCUAACAAAAGAAGUUCUUGCCGGUCCUACCGCUUCAGAUAAGGAUUCUGAAAUUGUUUGUUCAACACAAGAAAGUGAACCAGUUCAGAAGUAAAUCCCAAAGUUAUCUUUUGCAUAUGAAUGCAAAUUUUAUAAAUAUAUAUCUAGUCUGAAAUCCUUGCAGAUAUCUGUCAGUCAUUGCCAAAUUUGGGCAGUGAACCCAAAUGUUUCCCAUGUCCAUAUAAUUGCAAUAACAUGGCUGAUCCAUAAAUAGCUCAAAUUGGUUUAAAAGAAACUAUUAUGUGUUUUUAUCAAAUAUACAUUCAAAGAGACUAUCUAGAAAUCACCUGUAUGCUUCCAAACUAAGGAUUUGCCUUGAUAACAUUGAACUUUUUCCCAUUUAACUGUAAAAGUUUUUAACUUUAGUGCUUAUUCACUAAAAAAAGAAAAACAAUUUUCCAAUAAAUAACCAUGCUCCAGACUGUAUUUCAAAAAUCUGCAUUCAGAUUGCAAAAUAUUAUUGAAACCAAUGUUGUUUCAAUAAAUGACACUACAUUAAUUGUACUUAUUAAUGGGAAAAGCUUUAAUCACAAGUUAAAUUUUAUCAUUAACAAUUUGAAAUUUUGUGUGCAUACAUUGAUGAUUUGAAAAUUUUCUAUGUUAUAUUCCCAUUUUAUAUUUUUCUGAUCGCUUUCUCGUGUCAUUAUUUUAUGGAUCUUCCAAAAUCAUUUAAAUUUAAAUAAAAGUGGCAUAAAGUCAUCAGAAUGAUAGAUUUAUAAAUGUUUUAUACUUUUGGAAAAGAGAAAUUUCAAUCUCAAUUUUUGCAAAUAAAAAUUAAUUUGGAAAUGAAUUUUUGAGUAGCUGUUGUAAAUUUUACUAUGGGGACUAUUCUUUAAUAUUUUUUGUCCCUAUAAAUGGCUAUAUAGAUUCUUAAAAAGUGAAUUUGUAUCAUGUUACUAAAGAAUUUGAUGAAUUGUUGUUUUGAGGUUGGCAGAAAGAUAUAAUUCUUGUUUUCUUUAAUAAUCUUGAAGUUUAUAUACAUAUAUAAAAACUUUAGAUUUUUUUUGUAAUUUUAAAGAAAAUUUUAUUGGGCAGCUCAAAUCAUAUGUUUAAUUUCUUCCAUUUUUUUUUUGUUUCAUUGUUAAAUAUUCAAAAUCUUUUGAUAGUAAGGUGAAAUGUUUAUAGAAUUUAAAAAGUUGUAUGCUUUGUCAUCUCUUUUUUAAUGACAAAGACUUGGCUAGCAAUAUCUGACCACCAUUUGGUGCAACUGUUAAGUUAUGCCCUUUUUUUGAAUAAGUGCCCUUAUAGCAUAGCAUAAGAAUAAAUUGAUGUCAUUGAAGACAAAUUAAUAUACUGUGUCCAAAGAUCACAAAAUUUAUAUAUAUAAAAAGAACUUAGCUAUGUAUAAUUAUAAAAGAGGAGGAAAAUAAUAGGGAUUGCUGUAUCUUUUAUAUGUUUUCAUUAUCAGAUGUAAAGGAAUGUACUAUCACUGGUUAAAUAAAAAUUAUUAAAAUUAUA